AUGGACUUCAGUUCUGCAUCCGAUGAUGUCGACUCGCCUGCUGAUGUCUUCAUUAAUGCAGAAGCUGAUGCAUCUGAUUUUCUGAUGGGUUUCGAAUCUUCUGGGGAAGAAUCACCAUCUGGAAUCCAGGAUGGGCAGGCCUUGCAAGCUGUUGGUCAGGGAAUAGAUCAGCAGAUUGUACAAGUAGAAUCCCGAGAGCAGGUGGCACCCGCGAGCAGUUAUCGUAAAUACUCGAUGGCUGGUAAGGUUGGACGAGGGCGGCAUGGUGAUGCAGUGGAGCGAGCAAGUGUUUGUGCACAUAUGCGAUCUGAGAAAAGAGCAAAGAAAGCAUUCGAGCAGACCGAGCAAAUUGUGCAGACACUUCAGGAUUCAGUUCUUGUCAAGGAUGGCAAGACUCUUCAGCUGUCUGUGAAGGGUGGCUCCUGCGGUCUGAAGAUCACUUUGCAUGGGGCUGCAAGGAAGGGCAAUAGAUUUGUGCGAAAGAUUCACUGGGCAUCAUUCAUCAGAUCGUCGUUCGGUAUGCAAAGCAGCAACAUCGCCCUGGCAGCAAUGAUGAACAUUGACAGCUCGAAUGUGCCAAGAUUACAAAAGACAUGCGCAGGGGUUUACAUGGCAUCGCAAGCCAAGAUUCUGGCUCGUCUGUGUGCAUAUUGCCAGGCCAACCCUCCAACUUGCACUCAUCACCAUGUGAAAUGGGAUGAGACUACUGUAUCCACGUCUUUGAAUCCGGGCGGCACGAGCCAAAGUGUUAAAUCAGCAUGGUCUGUGCUGGUGGUCAGAGCCAGAAUAUUGAUUUCCUGGCCCAGCGGGGCGAUGAUGCAGCUUCGACUUGUGAUGCCGACCAUACCUAUGAUGACUUGUACUGCUGAACAGAUUUUCUAUGCCCUAGAAUUCCACCCGAGCUUCUACACAAUCAAUCGUAUGGUCAGGUUGCUUCAGAAGUCUGCGGAAUUGGCAGCUACACUCCAUGAGGUCGAUGGGGCCUAUGCAAACAUCCGGCUACACAAUCACUUCUUGUCAUUGGACGGUUUUGAGCCCUCCAAGGGCUCCGACGGUGUCUUUCUUGAAUCGGCUCGAUGUCAAUCGCAUGCUACACACCUUAUAUCAGUUGCCAUGUUAGCCUUGAUAGGCAACAAUCUUCUGAACAGAUAUUACGGGCUGACCGUGUUCAUGAGGAACCUCGGUUACUUGCUUCGCCUCCAGAUAGCACUACAACAGUGGAUCCAGGAGUUGGGCAAUUAUUUGGCGAUGGGCAAUUGGGAGCAUUUGGUGUUGCGUGGACCUGUAGAUGUAACAGCCUCGCCAGACCCAUUAAUGAGCGAGACCGUGGACUUUCUGCGCACUUGGCAUCACGGGCGGGACGCCGAUUCAGGCGAUGAGGAGGUGCAUCGUGGAGCUUCGCAGUUUGAGAAGCGAUUGGAAGCCUUUAUGGGAAUGUGGAACGGUAGUUUCUCAGGCUAUCCAGUUCAUCAUUGUAGUGCCGGUCAUUGCAACAGUCGUGAAGAAGCUGCCCGGAAGAUGUCGAGUACAUUCAUAGAUCUGCUGCUUACAACAUUGCCUUCAGUUCCUGCACCCAACAAAUGGACCAAGAUUUUCCCUGCUAGUGACUUUGUUGGCUUGGGGAUCUUGAUUAACAACUUUCUUCCAAUCAUCUUCGAUCUCGCCUUCAAGCCUGUCAUGUUCUCUGCAGACAUGAAUCACGACGAGGCCGAUCCGAGAUUGGUGGAGGGGUUGUUCUUCCAUGCUGUGCAGGGGAAACGGUACCUAGCAAGCAAGAAUUUCUUGCAUUGUGUUGAUGCACGGUGGUCCUCCAGAUGCUGGCUUGUGGUAUCAGAGCACUUACGUCGCUUAGUCUUCUUUUGGUUGCGAAACUUGAAACCUGAUAAGAAAGUUUCGGAUAAGUUUGCGAUCUGUGAAGUUCUAGACAAGCGGAGCAGCAUCGUUUGGGCCGUGCUUCACAACAUUUCCCAUCAGCUGCUGGACAAGGCUGGAGGCGGCAGAUUAUGUAUGAUUUGGCAAGCUUCUGAUUGUGCAUCUUUGGCCCAGUGGUGCUCUACCUGUCCACAAGAAGUCUCUGCAUUGCGCCGUGUUCUGCUUGCACUUUCUGGAUGGGUUUUUCGGCGCCACAUUGUGUAUUGGGAGGAGUUUCCGUGGGCACUGCUUCAGCUUUGUGAUCCUUCUGCUUCUGCCGAAGUCGUCGCUGCAGUCAAGCAUCGAUGGGAUGAGGUUUGGAGCUGUUGUGUGCCUGCUGGAUGGGCACGGUCUCUCAAGAAGAUGGGCAUUGAUGCAGACACUUUGUGUGCAGAGCCGAAGUGGCAGAUGCUGUUGUCAGGUUACGGCCGACUGCUUCAGAUGACGAUUGCUGAUGUUGAGUGUAAGCAUGCACUUUCACGGCAUUGGUGCGAUCGCCCCUUCCCGACAUUGACGGCUAAACACAUCAAUGCAGAGGCAAAGGCUUGUGUGCAGGAGGCUUCCCAGGACUUGAAAUCUUUGCAAUCGAAUCAGGCGAAACAGAUGUGCUGUAAACCUGCUGCAGCUGCUGACCGCCGCCAGGUUGUAUCGUUUGCAGAGAAGCAGAUUCGUUCCAAAUCGGCAUACAUGUUCUUCCGUGAUGAUUUGUUGCGGACUGCCAACACUUCUUUGAAUCCGUGCAGUAAACAGUUUUGGAAUGUGUUGCAGGGUCAGUGGGAUGCUUUGGCCCCAGUGCAAAAAGCAUACUACGAGGAGAAAGCUCAACAAAGCCAGAGGGAGUGUGAACAAAGGCGCCAACAGAAGAGAGCUUUGUCUCGAGGCCGCACAGGUGCAAAUCCAUCCGCCGAUGCUGAGACUCAGCAGCUAGCCGUGCCAGGAGCACACCCAGCUGCUGUCGCACAGCGACCGGGCUGCAGCCAUUGCAGAUUGGCACUUCGUCAUCGAUUCCAUACAACCCGUGGUUGCUUGCUUCUGAAGCUGCUGUGA